GAUAGUACUAGCCUAGUUAUAGCUAUUAUACCUACUAAGAGUAGGAAAAGCAUGUUAUUUAUAUUACCUAUAUAUAUUACUUUAAGGGGUUACACUAUUAUAAUAGGACUAUUAAUAAGUAUUCCUAGUAAUAGUACUAGGAUAUUAAUCCAGGGGAGUUACUAUAUAAUAUAUGAAAGCUACCACCCUCUUAAUAAAGCUAUGAUUAUACUAGUCAUGUUUAAAUUUACUAAAAACCCUAAUUUCUACAUAUUUUUGAACCGGCAGUGGUUGCUAUGGCAGCUAGACUGGAUUAUUAUUAAUAAAUGCCAUGUAAUAUUAAACCUGUAG